AUGUAGAAUAACAAAUAUAACCAACUAUUCCCUAAAUCUCUUAGAACUAAGGAGAGUACUAUAACUAAGCAUUCGGAGGCAUUUAGUAUUGGAGAAUCAGGAAUGCUAGAUGCAAAAGAAAAUCUAGAAUUGUCUGUUCUUCGAUAUCCUCAUCCUCAACUAUUUCAAAAUCCUAGUGCUUAGCUAAGCUUUCCUAAUUUCUUAUUUAGUCACUAAUACAAUCCAACGAUGGCUGAGCAUUUAAUGCAAUCAUAAAUGUUGCCUCAAAGUGUGGCUGUUGAAGGAAUGAGGAUAGUUUGUGAGAUUGAUAUUUUAAUGAUGAAACAUUAUUAUAUAUUAAGAGAUUAGAUUUUUAACAAACACAAUUAAACCACUUUGAAAAGAAUGGAUAACAAUUCUAAUCAGAUAGAUUGGAUCAAAGGAAGAUUUUAAUAUAGGUUUAAAGAAAAGAUCAGUAAAAUGAUGUGCAAAUUAGUUGAUGAGGUUAAAUCACUUUUAAAUAAUAAAACAGAGGAUGACUAAUAAAUCAAUAUUGAGAGAUUGAGAUUCCAACCAGAUGAACUAAUAUAACUUGAUAAGGAAAUAAGGGAGAAGGCAUAUGAUUCAUAAGAAUAUUUGGAUCCUUAUAUCAUUUGUGGAAGAAUUGCUAAAUUGAUAGAGAUAUAUUUUAGGAGUUCUGAUUAAUGA